UGCGCUUCUCUCUUGCAAAUAUCUCCAUUGUUCUCUGGAGGUCGCCCUUUCUCUCUCUAUCAAUUUCCUACCGAUUCUCUCUCUCUCUCUCUCUCUCUUUGCGCAGAGCUUUCAGAUCUUUGAGAAUGAGCUACUACAACCAGCAGCAGCCACCCGUUGGGGUUCCUCCCCCUCAAGGUUACCCACCUGAAGGGUACCCUAAAGACGCCUAUCCUCCUCCUGGGUACCCUCCCCAGGGCUACCCUCCAGCCCCAGGAUACCCUCCACAAUACCCUCAACAGCCACCUCCUCAGCAGCAAAGCAGUGGUCCUUCUUUUCUUGAAGGAUGUUUGGCUGCCCUUUGCUGCUGCUGCCUAUUGGAUGCCUGCUUCUGAUGUGAUGAUGAGGAGAUGAAAUGGAAGAAAGGGGGGCAUCUUCUUGAAUUGCUCUUUUUAAUAUAGUGCAAAUUCUUGACUGUUUGGACUUCUGGAAAGUACUUUUUGAAGUUUGUUGCUUCCAUGUGAGGGGAAUGUGGUAUUUUUCUGCAUAACUUAGCUGCUUCCAUUCCUUUUUAGGCUUUUCAUACACUUGGAUCAAAGCAUGAACAUUUCAUAGCUAAGAAAUGCAGUUCGAUACCUGAGUGAGUUGUCUCGGUGUGUUUUGCUUUUUGGUUUCUUUUGCUUUAGACCAUGUUCAAAGAAAAAAAAAAGAGAUAAGGUUUGAUCUUUUUGGUUG